GCUAGCCCAUUCAGACAACACGACUUCCUCCAAGUUUUUCGGACUAGUUUAACGCUAGCUCGCCCACCUUGAGCCACCAAAGUUUACUUCUCUAGUCGUAUACCAAACAUGUUGAGCAAGUCAGUCUACGGGCUCAGCCCAGCUCAGUUAGCGGUCGCCGCCACGGUCUUGGUCGGGCUCACCUCUCUUCUCACCCGAAGGACUGAGAUUGUAUUCACCGAAGAGAUUUUCAUCGAGGUCGGAGAAGAACACGUGUACGAUUUUCUCUCAGAUGUUCGGCUUCUCGACUUGGUACAUCCAUUCAGAGUCGGCGCUUUCAACCUCACGCCGAGUACGGGUAUGGACGGCUACGAGGAAGUGAAAUAUACCAACAUAGAGAAGGUCGACUACUUCGGACUGUACGAGGAUGCACUGGUCUUCCCUGUUCACACGCGGUUCAUGAAGCCGCUUGGAGAGAUCCGUUCAUCCUACGACGUCCUAGACGGCACGCUAUUGGCCCAGCAGUGCUUCUCCCUGCGCGCAGCAGAACGCAACGGAGCCAACGGCACCCUCGUCACAGACACCAGUCGCAUUCGCCUGCCGUGGAUGUACGCGCACUUUACCAUAUGGAAGGGUGGUGAGGCACACCAUAGGAUCCUGGGAGGUAUGAAGGCCCUCUUGGAACGGGGUUACAGAAUAGACAACUUGCCCAUGGGCCGUCUUCCGAACCAUUACUACCACUCAAUGUUACUGGAAGAGUCGCUUGAAAUCAAACCAGUCUUUCACAUGUACACUUCUUAUUUAUCGUGAACAAUGGAAAUCCUUGCUGGACAAGAGAUGAUAUGUUUCUAUCUCAGGAAUAUGUAAACGUUUGGCCAGUAUAAAUUCGGCCAUGAAUGUUGUAAGGGCUAAAAUUUCUCAACGAAGGUGUAGAAGAAGCAUACUUCAAAAUAUCAUACCCAGGUACCACGUGAUCCGUGUGAGAAUAGCUUAUUGGUUAUCACUUUUCAAAACGUUUGGUGAUUGGUUGAUUUGAAUUUCAAGUAAGACGGAGCGCUCAAACGCUUACUACGUGUGAAAUGAGUGGAAUGUCUGUUAGAAAUGGGUACAUAUCAUGACAAUACUUCGGUAAAAAUUGUUUUCUUAUGGAUGAGGUAGUGAUAUACUUGUGCAUUUGUCAGCAUAGUAGUAGCCUGGGAUUGAGAGUCACCCAUAGUGCUCUGGGGACGAGGCCUUCUUGCUUGAAGCACAAUAUCUCAAGAACAAAGCACCAAGUCAUAGAAAUGACCAUAAGCAAUUUAAAAGUGACCAUUUUAAAGUGGCCAAUUCCCCUUAAGUUACAUACGGACUGUUUGUUGAGAAGGUUUGAACUUGGGGAUUUAUUAUGUAUAACGUUUUAAUUUAUCAUUAUUUAUUAAAUCUUAAGUUAUUUUGCAAUGAGUUAAACGUAUAUCUAUGUUAAAGACAUGUAAAAAGGGAGUUUGUUUUGCUUGCAACUAAUGCUACAUACAAACGUGUAGACCCGUUUUGGGACCAACUACGUAAUAUCUUUUUUUGUACUCUGACAAGGUAUCUAUUUUAUACGAACCGUAUUUAAAUUAUAUGUUGAAACUUGUUAUUUAUGAUGUAAUGUGACAAAAAGAAUGAUCAAUGUUUGCUACAUA